CCGGGCCACGGAUCCGGACAGCGUACUCUCUGUGAUCCUUCUCGAUCCUCCACUCGAUUCUCUACUCCUCGAUCGAUGUUUUGAUUCAUUGAAAUCAAUUUCGAUUUCAAACAGCAGUUGCUCGGACUUUGCAUUGCGGAGUUUUUUGGUUUUCAAGUGUUGUGAAGGGACUUUGUUGUGGACUGUAGAGAUGAACCACUGACAGUUUAGCACAUGCAUUUGGUGACUUCUUUCUCGCUGCUCGGGAUGAAGAGACGGAGUUUGUGAGCCGAGAGGAAGACUUCAGGACCGAUUUCAGAGAAGAUGAAGUCGGAGAUCGAGACAGAGACCGAGUGCGGGGACAGCAUCCUCUGUUCGAACAACAACAACAACAACACUAACAACAACAACAACAACAACAACGUCAAUAACAACAACGUGGCGAGCAUAAAGAAAGCUGGUGGCAAUAUCACCAACAACGACAACCACGAUGGCAUGGAAAUGGAGUGCGGUGGCUGCGGGGAAAGCGUCCGCGAGCGCACUGUCCUCUGUGUAGGGGGUCGUACCUGGCAUUCCAGAUGUCUGAAAUGUUACGCCUGUGCGAGACCUUUGCACGACCAACACUCCUGUUUCCUUCGAGGAAUGAGACUCUACUGCAGGCACGACUAUGCCUUGUAA